AGUGGUUAGCUGCGGCUCUACUAAAGAGUGUAAGAAAGCUAUACCUAGAUAACACGCUGAAGUGGAAGUUAGUAGCCUAGGAGCGGGCUAUGACUACUAUUAUAUCAUAGACUAAGCAGGUAGUAGUCAUCAUGGCUACUAGCGAAGGGAAGAGCCUGCUGUUUAUACUACCCUGUAUCCUCCCUAAUGCUGGGGUGACGAUCUUAGUCUUGCUACUCGUGUCUCUGCGAGGGGACCUCCUCCACCGAGUCCGAGAGUUAGGGAUCGAUCACUUGGUGUGGUCGCCUAGCGAGCAGCGAGAUGUGCCCUUGGUGUUUAUUAUAGUUGAAUUUCGGACCUACGCCCACAAGCUCGCAGCUACGCAAGACCUCGGCCGCAUUGUGUUUGACGAGGCUCACUUAACUAUCACAGCGUCCGACUAUCGCUAG